GUUAUAAAGAUGGCGGCCAAUUUUUACUUCGUUCCAAGAUCUGUGAAUCAUAAACCGUCUAAAACUAAAAAAACAUCCAAAGGAAAGCUACGAAAUGUUCAGAGUGCAUCAACUGAUGUUCGAGGAUCUACUUCAUCUAUCUUAGAGGGUAGUUGCAAUAAAAGUUUCGCUGAAAGCGUUGAAGAAACGUCGGUAGAUAGCUCUUUAAAUGUUAUAUCUAGUCCGGAAAAUGCAGGUGAAUCUGAUGAGGAUAGAUCAGAUAUUGUUUAUUUCUGUAAGAAUCAGCGAUGGCCCGAGGAAGGCGAACCUGUUUGUGUUGUAUGUGGUCGUUAUGGAGAGUUUAUAUGCGAUCAAACUGAAGCAGAUGUCUGCAGCAAAGAAUGCAAGGCCAAAAAUCUCCAGCUAAGGCAAGCUGGUGAAAAACAAGUACAGGAAGAAUCGAAAACACUUGGUUCUGCAGAUGAGAGGUCAGCAGGGCCAAGCUACUGUAAAACAAUUACAGAAAAUGACAGAAAACCAACUCUUGAAAUCCUUGAAUGCAAAUCAUUUGCACCACAAGAAAAUGAGACAUUUGAAUAUACUGUCCACCGUCAGAUUGCGUCGUUAACUGAGAAACAAGUUCACGAGCUACGCAGUCGCAUGGAGAUUAGCGUCAGGGGCCUUAAUGUCGAGAGACCGAUAUUGGAAUUUUCUCAUUGCGGCUUUUGUGAACAGCUUUCAGAGAAUCUGAAAACGUGUGGGUAUGUGACGCCGACGCCAGUUCAAAUGCAGGUGAUUCCAGUCUCACUGACCGGGCGUGAUCUGUUAGCGUGUGCUCAGACUGGGUCGGGAAAGACUGCCGCCUUUCUGGUACCCAUGAUAACCAGAAUUCAUUACAAGAUCGGUAUGUAGCUUGUGACGUAUAUUACUGUAUUUACUCGAUUAAACGCUGCCUUCGAAUAAACGCCACGGCACAAAUAAUUUAAUAAACGCCACAGCAUUUAAUCGAAUAAAUACAGUAAACAGUUAUUGUCAAGUUGAAGGUGAGUGUUAUCAGUCAAUCUGAAGACGAAACCAAUAACACUUACCUCAAUGGGUAAUCAGAUUAUCUGCCCAUGUGUUCUGUUAAUCCUUUGAGUAGCAAUGUACCCAAAUGCAUAGAAAAUGUUACUCAUCAAGGGGUAUUGUGAAUAGGAGCAAAAUCUGAAAACACUCACAUCAAGGCCGGAUAAUUUUUGAGGGGAGGUGUGCACCUCCCCUGAGAUCGUUUUGUACCUCCCCUUGGGAAAGUUUCAAUGAUAGGUCAAAGCGAAAAUUUGACACUUUUUGGUUGCUUAGGACUUGGGGUCUGCAACGUUUUUUUCUGUAAAAUUAAAACAGUGAUAGUAUCUUUGUGUCAACUACCCUUUUAAUGCAAUGUUUUGAAAGAAACUUUGUAGUAAUUGUAAUGAAGGGCAAAAUUCGAUGAGUUGUACAGUCAUAAUUCAUUAAUACACUGAUACAUAUAUACACACUGCAUGCAUAUGUGAGGUCGUUGACGUUGGCCCAUUCUAACUUUCCAUGGUGGUUGCGAGGCCUAAAAAAAAUACCUGUGGUUCCGGUUUCAUGUCGCGAAAAAAUUAGGGUCGGUAGGUCAGAAAUAAAAUUUUUUUUUUAAUAUUUUUUCAUGGUUUUUUCAAUAAUUAAUGUGACCAGAGACGCCAUUUUGCCAGCAGCCCGCAACCACUUGGAGAAAAUAGGGUUGCAUGGUCAAUCGUGUUGAAAAAAUAACAAGAUCCGCAGAAAAAUAGGGUCGGUCAGGAACCCGAACCACAGGGUUUUUUUGGCCUGAGCUAGACUGCUGCAUCUCCCCUAAAUUCCCCCCCUCCCCCACUAGUUCCACCAAAAUCCGGCCUUGACUCACAUUUAUAGUACUUGUGUAAUUGUUUAGCUUCAAGACAGACGUACAGUCACAGUGCAUCAUCGGGACCACUUGGCUUAGUCCUCGCUCCUACCAGAGAGCUCUGCAUGCAGAUUGAAAGCCAAGCAAAAGAACUGAUGUCGGGACUUCCUAACAUGAGAACCGCAUUGAUUGUCGGCGGAAUGCCGAUGCCCAAUCAGAUCUACAGGUUACGGCAAGGUGUACAGGUCGUCUUCGCCACGCCCGGCAGAUUGGCAGAAAUUUUAACCAAGGCUGAUUUGGAUUUCUCCGAGAUUCAAAUGUUGAUUAUUGACGAAGUUGACGUUCUCAUGCAGAUGGGGUUUGAAAACCAGGUUGGGUUAUCGAGUUAUCAUAAUUCUAAAACUCUUCAAAAAACUUGUUUGACUUAACGGAACUAUUCCCUAAUGAACUUAAUUUUGAUCUAGACAAGUCUAUAGACAAACAUUUCAUCACAGCUUGAAAGAGCAUCACAAAAUUAGUAAUAUUCCUUAGUUUCGUUGCGAUAUACGGAUAAUAUAGCCCUGCGAAAUUUGCCGUUUUUCAGUCAUUUUGUAUUUCGCACGGGAAAUUUAUACCUUUUUUCAGAAAGCGGUAUCAAUUUCCCGUGAAUAAUACAAAAUGACUGAAAAACGGCAAACUUCGCAGGACUAUAUUAUCCGCAUUUUACAACAUUUUGCAACGAAACUUCGAAAUAUUACUAAUUUUGUGAUCCUCUUCCAAGCUGUGGUGAAAUGUUUGUCUAGACUUGUCUAGAUCAAAAUUUUGUUCAUUAGUGAAUAGGUCCACCAGAGACCGCUUGACAUAGUUGACAUUCUCAGCUGUACUAUAUGUGAGAAACAUGGCUUUUAUAUCAUAGAUGGAUUCUCACCCCACCUAGAGAAAUAAAUGCAUCCCCCCAGAAAUUUAAAUGCUAAGGUUUUUGAACAGAUUUUUCGUGUUUCCCAUAGAUAUUCCCAACUUAACUACUGCAUAAUGGGCGAUUCCGGCUGUAGACUAAAUUUUGAUCAAGGCAAGAAGAACGGAAAUCCAACACCACAGCUAGAAAGAGCGUCUUAGGAUGAGUAAAACUGCAAAGAUUGGGUGCCAAAUGUUGUAAAAUGAAGAAAAUCUAGCCCUGUGAAGUUUGCAAAUUUUUGUAUAUGGGCUAGUAUUCCAAAGGUCGUAGGUUCGAUUCCCACCGUGGCCGGGCAUAUUUUUCAAGCUCGCCCGGUGUGGAUAUACACUCAGAGUAACAUCAUUUUUCCCGCGCGUAAUGCAAAUAUAUAAAAAAAAAACUUGCAAACUUCACAGGGCUACAUUUUCUUCAUUUUACAACAAUUCGCAACCAAACUUUGCAAUUUUACUCAUUUUAAGAUGCUCUUUCCAGCUGGCUAUGGUAAUGGAUUUCGUUCUUAUUUUAACCCUUUAUAGGUUCAAUCAAUCCUGAAAAACGUUUCCACCACAAGACAAACACUUUUGUUCUCCGCAACCAUUCCACCGUCUGUAGAAAGAAUUUCUUCAACUCUCUUGACCGUGAAUCCUGUCUGGAUCUCAGUAGGGGCAGCCAGCGCCCCGAAUAUGGACGUGAAACAAGUGAUUCUGGGUCGAAGACAAGUCGAAAAAGAAAAGACUUUUCGCUUUGCUUAAAGAUUCAAAAUACUUCACUCCGCCAAUUUUGGUGUUUGUCGACUCGCGGCUUGGCGCCGAUAUGUUAUCGGAAGCAAUAGAAGAG